AUGGCGGCUCAUAGGCGCACAGGCAGCAGUCACGGGGUAGGCGCGACUGGACAGCCACGGCAACUGCCAGGGUCGGCCUGUGAAGAGUGUCGGAAAAGGAAACUGCGAUGCGAUAGGCAGCGACCGCAGUGCGGGACAUGUGCCGAUGCCGGUAUCGUGUGCGAAAUCAACAACAACCGCCUCGCGAGGGGACCCAAGAAGGGCGAUCUCAAAGCUCUGCGAAGCCGGAUCGGUACCUCCGAUGACCCCCACAUCUGCCCCUCUGAGCUUUUCGACCUUCAAAUUUCCACCCACGCCGCCGUCACCACCGAGGACCACAUUCGUGGACGACUUGAUGCGCGCAGACCUCUGUAUUUUGACCGAGUACAUCCCAAUGUUCCCAUCUUCAACCAGUCGCGAUACUUUGCCAGGGUCCGGCAGAACCCCUGUAUCGAGGGUCCUACCUCCAUGCUCUGUCUUCAGUACGCCAUGUGGACGCUCGCUAUGGCGCUGUCGUCCCAGUUUGAAAGCUCACGAGAGCUCCUCUACAACGAGACGCGGCAGAUGCUCGAGGCGCUCGACCUAGCUGAUGACGAUCUGCAGCCGGUGCGGAUCGAGCAGGUACAAGCCUGGCUUCUGGUAUCCUUUUACGAGUUGGCGCGCGCAAGCUACCGCCGAGCUCUGAUUAGCGCCGGCCGGGCGUUUCGGUUGGUGCAAUUGGCGCGCUUGCACGAGGUCGACGGCCCUGGAAACUCGGUCGAAGAGGAGGAUCCGGUGGUCAGGGAAGAGAGAAGAAGGACGUUCUGGAUGGCCUACUCUCUGGAUCGGCUCAUAUGUAUGAGGAGUCGUUGUCCUCUGACGCUGACGGAAGAAGUGAUUUGUACUCGACUACCGUCGCCAGAGCUAGCAUUCCAGAGCGGCCACCCCAUCCCAGGUUGUUUCUUACCAGAAGCCCUCGCCUCUGGCGAUCACAACUUCAUCUCACCGUUCGCCGGGUCCGUGAUGGUCAUCAGCAUUUGUGGCCGCGCACUCUCUCAUGGCCAAGCCUCUGGAGUGGAAAGGGCGUUUGGGACCGCAUCGCUCGACUUUUGGCUCCGGCACGAAUGGCUGGACGGGAUGCUGGGGCGGACACUCGAGUCGCUCACGAUGAAUUCGCCAGUCGCCUCGGCCAUGGCCGAUCCAAUGGUUUUCUUCGCCUUUAUGAUGGCGCACGCAACGACCAUCUUCAUGUGCCAGAUUGCAGAGGCGUCCGGGAUAGACAGUCAUUGUCGUCCGACGGUUGCGGACUGUCAAGGUCGCGCGACACAGGCAGCGCGGGAAAUUGCUCGAAUGGCCAAGGCACAUGAACACAUUGGGUAUUUCAAGCUAAUGCAGAGCCCACGAGGUUAG